AUGCUUGAAAUUUUAGAUGUUGACAGAGAUGAUGUACGCAUGGUAGGGAAAUGGGGAACUGGUGGAAUAGGGAAGACAACAAUUGCUAAAACUGUUUACAAUAAAAUUGCCUAUAAGUUUAAAGGUAGCUUCUUUUUGGCAAAUAUUGUUGCGGGGAAAGAAUUGAUAGCAACAAAUGUUUAUGAAGGAAGCACUUUAUUGCGUGAAAGAUUGAGACAUAAAAGGAUUCUCUUAGUUCUUGAUGAUGUGAAUAAACUAGGCCAGUUAAACAAAUUAGCAGGAACAUCUGAUUGGUUUCAAUGUGGCAGCAGAGUUAUCAUAACAACAAGAGAUAAGCAUUUGUUGAUUGCUCAUCAAGUGAAGCCAAUAUAUGAGGUCCAUGAACUAGGUCAUCAUGAAGCUCAUGAGCUCUUCAGUUCAUAUGCCUUCAAGAAUAAUAAAAAUUUGGAUGACAAUGAGAAACUGUCUGUUAGUAGUAUUGUUGAAUAUGCUAAAGGGCUUUCACUAGCACUAGAGAAUAGAAGUGAUGUGAUACAAAUACUAGAAGGUUGUGGCCACAUCAACCCCGAGCAAAGUAUUAAAGUUCUCGAAGAAAAUGCCCUCAUAUAUGUUGGUAGAUAUUUAAGCAUGCAUGAUUUGCUGGAAGAAAUGGGAAAAGAGAUAGUUUAUCGACAAUCACCAAACGAGGCUGGUGAACGCAACAGAUUAUGGUAUCAUGAGGAUGUGCACCAAGUUUUAACAGAAAGCACAGGAAUUAGUAAAACUGAAGGGAUAAUUGUAAAGCUGCCUACAAUAUAUAAGAUACACUUGAGUCCUAGAUGCUUUGAAAAGAUGAAAAAUCUUUAA